AUGGCGUCCGUUACCAGCACCGCAAUCUUGCUCCUGGCCGCGGCCGGCUCCCAGGUUGCCGCCGUUCCUGACUACGGGCGGCCUCGCGGCCCCCCGUGCAGGGCGUAUCCUGGCACGAACGGCUGGCCUUCGGCAGAAGCUUGGAACGCCCUAAACAAAACCGUCAACGGCCAGCUGCUGCGUCCGACGAUCCUACCUGGCGGCGUCUGCCACAAAGGCCAGCCCAACUACGACGAGUCGCGGUGCGCCGCCGUCGCCAAGGACUGGGAGACGUCCGAGUUCCAUCUCGCAGACCCCAUCUCCGUCAUGUCCAACGAGUUCACCAAUAACACCUGUCUGCCGGAUCCCAAGCUUCCUUGUAGCGCCGCUGGCUACCCCGCGUACGUGAUCAAGGUCACCUCGUCUGCAGACGUUAAGGCAGGUGUGGACUUUGCCCGCAGCAAGAACGUGCGCCUCAAUAUCAAGUCCAGUGGCCACGAUUUCCUUGGCCGCUCCAAUGCUCCCGGAACCCUGUCUCUCUGGACACACCACCUCAGCAACAUCGAGUACCACCCAGGCCAGUUCAAGCUGGCAUCUGGCCGCACCUUUACGGGCAACUCCGUCACCUUUGGCAGCGCGGCAAUCAUGUGGGACAUUUACAAAUCCCUUGACCAGUACGGUCAGACCGUGGUCGGCGGUGGCUCCAAGACGGUCAGUGCCGGUGGCUACAUUACCGGUGGCGGCCACUCUAUCCUCUCUCCUCGCUAUGGCCUCGCUGCAGACCAGGUCAUUGAGAUUGAAGUUGUGACUGCCGACGGCAAUAUCCAAAAGGUCAACCAGGACCAGAACCCUGACCUGUUCUGGGCUCUCCGAGGUGGCGGCGGUUCUACGUUCGGCGUCGUGACGAGUUUCACCGUCAAGACUGUUCCCAGCCCCAAGAUGACCGUCGCCCAGUUCCUUGCCUUCACCGUCCCCGGCGCCCCGUUCCUCAGUGACCUCAUCGGCUAUGUCGGCGCGCAGAGCCCGGCCCUGAUGGACGGGGGCCUCUCCGGCUACAACCUCGUCAACCGCAACUUCUCCAACCCCGCACCCGGCUCCGGCCUCCCCGACUACCUCGCCGGCUUCCAGGGCCGCUUGGCCGUCCUCGACGACCCCCACGCCAACGACACCAUCGCCGCGCUCUUCAAACCCAUCAACGAAACCAUCAACAAGCGCUGGCCCGGCAAGGCGGGCUUCUUCAGCAGCAACACCGAGUACUCGUCGUUCCUUGACUUCUUCGCCGCCAACGCCGACACCGAGACGGUCGGCGACAACAAGUACCUCGUGUCCCGUCUGCUUAACAAGGAGGCCUUUGACGACGAAAAGGCCCUGGGUGAGGCUUUGCUGUCGGGCACCGCCCCGAUCGGCUUCUCGACCUUCUUCCUGGUCGGCGGCAAGGGCGUCCAAAAGGCCAAACCAGAGGGCGGCAGCAGUGCGGUCAACUCGCACUGGCGCACCGCCUACGUCCACACCAUUACCGCAACCGAGGGCGUCCCCUUCGACAAGGCAGCCACCGACAAGAACCUUAAGGAGCUUGAAGAUGCGUGGGCGCCCGUCCGAAAAAUCACGCCCUCUUCCGGCGCCUACCUCAACGAGGCUUCCAACUUCGAGCCCAACUUCCACGAGAGCUUCUGGGGCACCAACUAUCCGCGCCUCGCGCAGAUCAAGAGCAAGGUCGACCCCAACGAUGUUUUUUGGUGCACACCGUGCGUCGGCAACGAAGGCUGGCGCCAACAGGAGAGUGGCCAGCUUUGCAGAGUCUAG